AUGUUGGGCUCACUAAGCCCCGUCCCGUCCUUCCCGGACUACACGGGCCCGUACCGCGUGGGCACCGUCGACGUCGAGAUCCCCAUUGACGAGCUGUACAGCCCGAGUCCCCGUCCCGCCGGCGCCGAGCACGUGUCUACCGUCGCCAUGCGCAUCUUCUACCCGGCCUCGCUCGAGAGCACCGGCAAGCCCCCGCCGGCAGCGAUCGCCUACUUUCCUCGACACCUCCACUACACCUCGAUCCCCGCCCACAAAAACGCCGACAUCCUCCCCGCCAACACUCCCAACGGCCGCUGGCCCACCGUCGUCUUCUCCCACGGCCUCGGCGGCUCCCGCAACGCCUACUCCCACGUCGCCGGCUCACUCGCUUCCCACGGCACCGUCGUCUUUUGCCCCGAGCACCGCGACGGCAGCGCAGUCACCUCCUUCAUCCGCAGCCCGGAGAAAUACCGCCAGAAGAAGAAGAAGCAGCAGCAGCAGCAGCGAGGAGGCGGUUCCUCCUCUUCCCCCAGUCGUCUCUUUGGUGGUCUGUCCAACGGCAGCAGCGGGAAUGCGCCCAAGAACAUGGUUGUACCCUACCGUCGCAUCUCGCACACCGUCUCGCCCGAAAUGUACGCCGCCCGCGAGGAGCAGCUGCGCAUCCGGCUGUGGGAGCUCGGCCUCAUACACGACGCCCUCCUGCGCAUGGACCGCGGCGAGUCCUUUACCAACAUGAACGCCUCUACCCUAAGCCUGGCGCCCCUGGCCGGCCUGCUGCACGUGCACGAGCCCGGCGCCAUCAUCUUUGCCGGCCACAGCUUCGGCAGCGCCACGACGGUCCAGCUCGUCAAGUCCACCUACUACGCGGACCAUCCGGUCCUAAGCACCAUGGACAAGGCGCCCCUCUUCACCCCCGAGGCCGGGUCCGAGAUUCGUCGCCAAAUCACCGACAAGACCGUGACCAUCCUCCUCGACAUUUGGGUUACGCCACUCAUCGACCCGGGCUUCACCCCGCUCUUUGACUUGCCCAUGCCGGCCUACGAUGCCGCGGUGCCCGAUGCGCCCGGUGGCCGCGCCAUCCUCGCUGUUUUGUCGGAACAGUUUUACAAGUGGGAAGACCAUCUCCGCGUCACGGCGCGCGUCUUUUCUCCUGCCCCGGCCGAGGAAGUCCCCAGCCCCGAGCUAUACCACCGCCGCGGCCACGGCAAGAACCAAGGCCAAGCGCAGGCAGCCACGGGGGAUAACACCAGCGAUAACAAUACCGACGAAUCCUCCGCCUCGGAGCUUCCGCCGUUCCCACACCCCAACCUCUUCUACGUCCAGGAGUCGGCCCACCUGAGCCAGUCCGAUUUCGGCGUUCUCUUCCCAUGGCUGACCAAGAAGAUGUUCAGCGCCGUCGAGCCCGCCCGUGCCAUCCGCCUCAACCUACGAGCCCAGCUCCAAGUCCUCCGCGACAACGGGGUGCCCAUUGCGCGCACCUGCGCCGCCGACCUCGCCGACGGCAUCGCUCCCGACGCUAUCCUCGUCCAGUCGCCCGCGGUGUCCUCGUCCUCCCUGAGCAACAGCAGCAGCGGCAAGGAGGGAUCGCUGUCCAAGAAGAAGCACGCGCGCGCGGCCAAGAAGCACCGCUCUAGCCUCACAGCAGCGGCGGCGGGCGAUCUCGCGGACGACAGGGCCAUCCUCGACAAGUCGGGCGAGUGCGUCGUCGACCACUGGCUGUGGAUCGACGGGCCGACGCUGUUUGUCGGCACGGACUCGGAGAGCGACUCGGCGGAAGGUCGGGCGGAUCAGAGUAAGCGGAGGGUGGAGAAGACGGAUAAGGAUAUGGCGGAGCACAUGGAGCCUGGGCUCGAGGAGGCGGCGGUGGUGGCUGCGCGGGGGUAA